GUAGUCAGCGCCGCCAGGGUCAUGGGAGUUGCUGGCAAUGGAUUAAGAAUGAAUUUCUGGAUGAACAAUGCCAUUAUUUUGUUCGUUCCGAAGCAGAAGCCGCUGCUUCAGACUGCCAUCGUAAAAAGUUCAAGUCUUGGAAAAUGGAAGAUUUCAGAUCCAAGUCUUACGGCCAUGGGAGGGUGCAGAAUCAAAUUGAGCCCUAUUCUUGCUCUGGAACAGGAUCAUUUUCAACUGGGGCUCCUGGCAUGCGAGAUCUUAGAUGCUACAGUGCUUCAUAUGCUUCCUCUGCUGCACAUCCAACUCAAACCCACAUGGGAAAAGAUAUGAGUUUCAAGUCCAAGAAAGGCAGGUCCACAAACAGCUCUUCCUCUAAGAACUGGAGUUUUACUGAUCCGGAGUUGCAGAGGAAGAAAAGGGUUGCUAGUUACAAGGUAUACACUGUUGAGGGUAAAUUGAAAGGCUCUAUGAGAAAAAGUUUCAAGUGGCUCAAGGACAAGUACACCCAGAGUUGUCCAUGGAGUGUAGCUAGAUUUCAGUAAUCAUCUUGGUGAAGAAUUUGAACUUUGAAUCUCGUCUCAACAUGUGCUUACCUCAACUGGCUAUUUUACAUGUUGAUUCAGAAAUAAUUGGUUGCCCUUAAUUUAUUUGAUGGUCAGAGUUCAUGGGAUGAAAAGCAGAGAAAUUGUGAUCAGUGUGUUGAUUUUGGAUCCUGUAGAAUGUAGUCUUCUUGGUCAAUCAUGGAAAGAAAACAUGGUAUUUGCUUUUUCUUCUUUUAAAUUUCUUUUUCCAUGUAUCUAAACUCAAAUAAAUGUAACUCAUUUUGUUUUCGUGACA